AAAAAUAAUCAAAAAUAUUAAUAAAAAAAUAAAUAAUUCACAAAAAUUUAAUAUCGAAUUUAGCUUAAAACAAAGAAUAUUUUUAGAUACCCAAAAAUGUAAUUAGCCAAAUUGAUAGCUCCUACAGUCAGAAGUUUAUAUAAAACUCCUGUUUACUAAUUUAGAUCAACACAAUCUUUAUUUAAGAAUAAAGAUUUUUAUUCAAUCCUCGGAGUUAAAAGAGAUGCAACUCAAGAUGAAAUCAAAAAGAGUUAUUACAAACUUGUUUAAAAGCACCAUCCUGAUAGAAAUCCAGAUGAUGCUGAAAAGGCAAAGGAAAAACUUGCUGAAAUCAACUCAGCUUAUGAAACACUCAAGGAUGAAAGCAAAAGAAAAGUAUAUGAUAUGACUGGUAUGACUGGUGAUGAAUAAUCCUAGGCUGGUGGUAAUCCAUUCGGUGGUGGAAAUCCUUUUGGAGGAGCUGGAGGAUUCUGGGGAGGCCAAUAAGGUGGUCCUUCAGCAGAAGAAAUAUUCGGUGAUUUUGAAAGCUUCUUUAACAUGGGUAUGGGAGGCGAGAGAAUUUAAAAGGGAUAAGAUAUAUUUAUGAAUUUAGAUAUCACUUUUAUGGAAUCUAUUAAUGGUUUAAAUAAAAAAAUUGGAUUUGAAAAGAAAGGUGUCUGUCCUACUUGCCAAGGUUCCAAGUGUAAACCUGGUACUGCACCUUCUAGAUGUACUGCAUGCGGUGGCAGAGGUGCUAUAAACUAUAGAUAAGGACCCAUGACAAUUUAAAUGGCUUGCACUAAAUGCGGUGGAUCAGGCUCAAGUAUUAAAUAUCCUUGUACUACUUGUAGAGGAACUGGUGUUGCAAGAGUUAAAGCAGAAGAAGAAGUUUAGAUUCCUAAAGGUAUUAGCAGUGGAUAAAACUUAAGAAUGCCAAGAAAGGGUAAUGAUAGCGAAAAUGGUGGCUAACCUGGUGAUCUUAUUAUUAAAGUUAAUGUUAAACCUGAUAAUUAUUUCUAAAGAGAAGGAUAUGAUAUUACAACUACUUAAUUUAUCACACUCUCAGAAGCUGUUUUGGGUACAAAAAUUAAGGUAAAGACUUUGUCUGGAGAUAAAGAUAUAGAAGUUAAGCCAGGCACUUCUCAUGGAGAAAAAGUGAAAAUUAGAGGAUUAGGUAUCAACCAUUUACCUCCAAAUUAGAAUAGUGUAGGUGAUCAUGUUGUCACUCUUAAAAUUCACAUACCAAAGUCUUUGACAUCAGAAUAAAAAGAAUUAUAUCAAAAAUUAUCAUAAAUUGAAUAAAAAAUAGAUCCAUAGAUGAACAUGAAUUAUAAUUAAUAGUAAUCUACUUAAUAGAAUCAACAAAGAGGAUCUAAUUAGUAAUCAUAAAAUGAAGAACAUGAUGAAAAUAUUUUCAAUAAAUUCAAAAACAUGUGGGGUAAAUAAUGA